AAGUUAAGAAAAGCCUGACAGCAAUGGGAGCAGAGAAUGGAGCAUUUCCCGGAGUCAGCAGCCAUCACUUGGAGUAUCUGUUUCACGUUAUCCUACAGCGAACCUGCAGCACUCUGUUCAAACUCUGAAGGGCUCCAACAAGCAUCCUGUUAUACCUGUAGCACAGCUUCAUCCAGGAUACACAUGCAACAUGAACUCUGAAUGUGAACCACGUUCUAUAGUACAGCAAAGUCCAUUAGUACGCCAGAGAGCUAACAAAGAAAAGAAACCAUAUAAAUGUCCUGAAUGCAAUAAGUGUUUCAAGAAAAGGGGGAUUCUAGUCAUACAUGAAAGGACUCACAUGGUAGAGAAACCAUAUAAAUGUACUGAAUGUAGUAAGGGUUUCAGACAAAGGGGGGAUCUAGUAAUACAUGAAAGGAUUCACACAGGAGUGAGACCAUAUAAAUGUCCUGAAUGCAGCAAGUGUUUCAAACAAUGUAGUCAUCUAACAGCGCACAAAAGGUGUCACAUUGAGAGAGCAUAUAAAUGUCCUGAAUGCAGCAAGUGUUUCAGAGACAGAAGAGAUCUAGUAAUCCAUGAAAGGAUCCACACGGGGGAGAGACCAUAUAAAUGUUUUGAAUGCAGCAAGGGUUUCACAACAACUAGUAGCCUUAGACUUCAUAUGUUAGUUCACCAAGAAAAGAAACUGUAUAAAUGUCCUGAAUGCAACAAGUGUUACAGACAUAGGGGGACUCUAGUAAUACAUGAAAGAACUCACACGGGGGAGAAACCUUAUAAAUGUCCUGAAUGCAGCAAGUGUUUCAGAGACAGAAGAAUUCUAGUAAUACAUGAAAGGACUCACACAGUGGAGAAACCAUAUAAAUGUCCUGAAUGCACCAAGAAUUUCACAACAACUAGUAACCUUAGAGUGCAUCUCUUAGUUCACAAAGAAAAGAAACCAUAUAAAUGUCCUGAAUGCAAUAAGUGUUUCAGACAAAGGAGGAGUCUAGAAAUACAUGAAAGGACUCACAUGUUAGAGAAACCAUAUAAAUGUGCUGAAUGCAGCAAGGGUUUCACAACAACUAGUAGCCUUAGACUUCAUCUGUUAGUUCACAAAGAAGAGAAACCAUAUAAAUGUUCUGAAUGCAAUAAGUGUUUCAGACAAAGAGGGACUCUAGUAAUACAUGAAAGGACUCACACAGGGGAGAGACCAUAUAAAUGUCCCGAAUGCAAUAAGUGUUUCAGACAAAGGGGGAAUCUAGUAAUACAUGAAAGGACUCACAUGGUAGAGAAACCAUAUAAAUGUGCUGAAUGCAGCAAGGGUUUCACAACAACUAGUAGCCUUAGACUUCAUCUGUUAGUUCACAAAGAAGAGAAACCGUAUAAAUGUCCUGAAUGCAAUAAGUGUUUCAGACAAAGAGGGACUCUAGUAAUACAUGAAAGGACUCACACGGGGGAGAGACCAUAUAAAUGUUCCAAAUGCAAUAACUGUUACAGACAAAGAGGGUCUCUAGUAAUACAUGAAAGGACUCACACUAGGGAGAGACCAUAUAAAUGUCCUGAAUGCACCAAGGAUUUCACAACAACUAGUAACCUUAAACUGCAUCUGUUAGUUCACAAAGAAAAGAACUGUAUAAAUGUCCUGAAUGCAACAAGUGUACCAGACAAAGGGGGACUCUAGUAAUACAUGAAAGGACUCACACGGGGGAGAGACCAUAUAAAUGUCCUGAAUGCAGCAAGGGUUUCACAACAACUGGUAGCCUUAGAUUACAUCUGUUAGUUUACAAAGAAAAUAAACUGUAUAAAUGUCCUGAAUGCAAUAAGUGUUUCAGACAAAGGAGGGCUCUAGUAAUGCAUAAAAGGAUUCACAUGGGGGAGAGACCAUAUAAAUGUCCGGAAUGCAAUAAGUGCUUUAAACAAAGGGCGAAUCUAGUAAAACAUGAAAGGACUCACACAGCGAAAAGCAAACUCUAAAGAUGUGGAGAAAUUAAAAAAGGAAAGCAGCCUUUAAAGAAGGAAAACUAUAGCACCAGGAAAACAUCAGUUUGGGACAAGAAUGUGAUGUAAAAGAACUUGAGCAAGAGGGAGUAUAUAAAUACUUUGGAAUUGAUGAAGGAUCAGCAAUAAAACAUGAACAAAUGUGAGUAAAACUUAGCAAGGAGUACAUUAGAAAAGUGGAUAGAUGAACAAGUCAGCAAGCAAAGGAGAUUAGAAGUGCUGAAGUUGAAUUCAUCCUCAAGUCUUGGCGAGUACCUUCACGAGG